GAACUCUGCAGCCAAACCCUAAUUGUGUGUUCGUGUGUCUGCAUUUUUUUCCCCCCACUUGACAUGAAGAAGGAAGCUUCAGCGAGCAUUUGUUCUCUCAGGGUGUAAAUGGAAGUUGUGGACCUUUGGAGUGGAUUUGUUUGACUGAAAAAAAGAAAGUGGAAGGGACUGAAUCUAGCUGGGAGAAAUUACUAUAGUUUGGUUGCCAUGUGGCGCUGCUGGAUGAACUUCAUCUUGGCCUGGGUAUCCAUGGCAACCCCGACACUCUGCCAAAGUGGAGACGGUGAUUGGGGUUCAGGAUUUGACAUCUCCUCCACAAUAAUGGCCACCAAUGACACGUUGCAGGCGGUCGGUGACGAGCCGGUAAAAACCAGCCGUGACUGGACCCCAUUAGCUCCGUCGCCGUCGCCCGUCCUCCACUUUGAGCCCCAACCGGACAAGUGCUCCGUCUAUUUCAACACUAACGCAGCGUCAGCUCGGAGGCUGAAGGCCCAGAGGGAGGAGCUGGACUACCUGAGGGCCAUACAGCACGGAAACAAGGCGGUGAUGGAGAACCUGGUGCAGUAUGUGGGGGCGGAGCUAGGCGACCAGAGCUACGAAGACGUGAUCAAGGAAAACGUCAUGGGAACCCAAGAGGACCACAAGAGCUGCCAUGAGGUGGUGGAGAAGGCUGAGGAAGAUCUGGAGAAGCAGCUGGAGGGGGAUGUGCUGUCCUCCCUCGCUGGGAUGCAGAAAAUCAGAGAAGAGUCCUUGGCCUUUGAUGACAUGCUUCGUGCUGCAGCCGACAUCGCCAGCCGGCUGGAGAGCUCAUCACAGGCGCUGCAUGCUUCAUUCACCAAGCAGCUGAAAGACAUUGGCAAAAUCCACCGCUAAGAACGUGCUGAGGCCUGUUUAAAAAGUGCUCACAUGCCAUCCUUGAACUUGUAUUUGACAUCCUGUGUGAGGCCCCGAAAGGGAUAGAGAUGGAAAAACAACUUUUCUACAAAUGUAUGUUCACAUUUUUAUGUAUAUGUGUUAUUCAACAACGUGUCAAGGUCAGCUUUUAGUAAUCAACACAGACGCACAGCAAGCAAAGAAAAAUGCUGGGUAGAAAAUCAUAACGUCGUAACCCACUAAAUUUCCAUCCAGGCGUUAUUCAUGGAAUUUUGUGAGGUCAAACAUGGCAACAGUGUGCGGCGCAGGCUGCAGCCAAGCCGAAUGUUUAUGGAUCAAACUAGAUGGGCCUUCGGAGAGCACUCAUAAUGACUCUGUUAGUCUCCUCCAGAGGAAGCUAUGGUUUGGCCAUCUGGUUCCAGGGUAAGGAUGGAGGCCAGGAUACACUUACAAUGACUAGUGUGGCAGACUGGAGAGUUUGUUUCUACAACAGUAAAAAAGAAGAGAAAACUGCCAAUGGGACAGCUUUGUUACGAAGGGACGUCUGCUGUUUGGAGAAAACUGUCUGUGAGGACAAGAAACUGUAUAAAAAAUCAGAUAUUUCCUGCAGUUUGGAAGAAAUUUAAAAAAAACUGUGAAACUGUACAAGAAAUAUUCAAAACAGGAGCUGAAUUUACCUAUUUAACGUGAGAAUUAUACAUUAAUUGUGUCUACCUUUAAUCCUAACGGGCUGCUUUGAUAUUUGCAAUUAUAAUGUGUAUCACUAUAUAAAUCUGGGCCAUGUACUGUAUAUGAUCCAGAAAACAGUAGCUGACAAUAAAGUAAAACCUUCUCCUUUUUUAA